GGAAAGGUCUGUUGCCUCAAUGCAUGGGCAUCCAUCUUCCAAAUAGUUUCUUAAAUCUUAAUCCAGAAAUUGAAAUAACUACAAAUUUUCUUUGAAGGUGAAACCAGAACUGAAUUGAAUAUUCUGUUUCUUCUUGAAAUUGAAACAUUACAAAUGUUUGCAAUAGAUAGUUCAGGCAAAAUUUUCACUGUGAAUUCAGUUGGCCCUAAUUGUUAAUCUCCUUCGUUUACUGAAGGACUUAAGAAAUAUGAUCGAAUCCUAGUUAAAUAAUACAUGAUUACAGACGUUUUAUAUACAUAUAGAUAUAUAGGAGCUUCCGGGAAGAUAUAUAGGAGUAAGACGCGGAGAUCACCUUCCUCCUCACAGAUACACUAGAAAUACAUCUACACGUGGAACAACUCCUACAGAACACCUACUGAACGCUGGCAGAAGACCUCAGACCUCCCAAACGGCAAGAAACGCCCCCCCACCCCCACCCCACGUACCUGGGUAGGGCAAAAGAAAAAAGAAUAAACAGAGACAAAAGGAUAGGGACGGGACCUGCACCAGGAGGGAGCUGUGAAGGAGGAAAGGUUUCCACACACUAGGAAGCCCCUGCGCGGGCGGAGACUGCAGCUGGCGGAGGGGGAAAGCUUCGGAGCCGCGGAGGAGAGCGCAGCAACAGGGGUGCGGGGGGCAAAGCGGGGAGAUUCCCGCACAGAGGAUCGGUGCCGACCGGCACUCACCAGCCCGAGAGGCUUGUCUGCUCCCCCGCCGGGGCGGGCGGGGCUGGGAGCUGAGGCUCGGGCUUCGUUCGGAGCGCAGGGAGAGGACUGUUGUUGGCGGCGUGAACACAGCCUGCAGGGGGUUAGUGGGCCACGGCUGGCCGGGAGGGAGUCCGGGUAAAAGUCUGGACCUGCCGAAGAGGCAAGAGACUUUUACUUCCCUCCUUGUUUCCUGGUGCGCGAGGAGAGGGAAUUAAGAACGCUGCUUAAAGGAGCUCCAGAGACGGGCGCGAGCUGCGGCUAAAAGCGCGGACCCCAGAGACAGGCAUGAGACGCUAAGGUUGCUCUGCCGCCGCCACCAAGAAGCCUGUGUGCGAGCACAGGUCAAUAUCCACACCCCCAUUCCGAGGAGCCUGUGCAGCCCGCCACUGCCAGGGUCCCGGGAUCCAGGGACAACUCCCCCGGGAGAACACGCGGCGCGCUUCAGGCUGGUGCAAUGUCACGCCGGCCUCUGCCGCCGCAGGCUCGCCCUGCACUCCGUGCCCCUCCCUCCCCCCGGCCUGAGUGAGCCAGAGCCCCCGAAUCAGCGGCUCCUUUAACCCGUCCUGUCUGAGCGAAGAACAGACGCCCUCCGGCGACCUACACGCAGAGGCGGGGCCAAAUCCAAAGCUGAGCCCCUGGGAUCUGUGAGAACAAAGAAGAGAAAGGGAAAUCUCUCCCAGCAGCCUCAGAAGAGCGGAUUAAAGCUCCACAAUCAACUUGAUGUACCCUGCAUCUGUGGAAUACAUGAAUAGACAACGAGUCAUCCCAAAUUGAGGAGGUGGACUUUGAGAGCAAGAUUUAUGAUUUUUCCCCUUUUCCUCUUUUUGAAUAUAAAUAGUUGCUGGGAAUAACACUGACAGCUUGAAAGCAAAAUGAAGCUCUUUCUAUUGCUUUCAGCCAUUGGAUUCUGCUGGGCUCAGUAUGCCCCAAAUACCGAAUCUGGACGGACAUCUAUUGUCCAUCUGUUUGAGUGGCGCUGGGUUGAUAUUGCUCUUGAAUGUGAGCGAUACUUAGCUCCCAAAGGAUUUGGAGGGGUUCAGGUUUCCUCACCCAAUGAAAAUGCGAUAAUUAAUAAUCCUUCAAGACCUUGGUGGGAAAGGUACCAACCAGUUAGCUACAAGUUAUGUACAAGAUCAGGAAAUGAGAAUGAAUUCAAAGACAUGGUGACUAGAUGUAACAACGUUGGUGUCCGUAUUUAUGUGGAUGCUAUAAUUAAUCAUAUGUGUGGAAAUGGUGUGGCUGCAGGAACGAGCAGUACUUGUGGGAGUUACUUCAACCCUGGAACUGAGGAUUUUCCAGCAGUCCCGUACUCUGGUUGGGAUUUUAAUGAUGGUAAAUGUAAAACUAGAAGUGGAGAAAUUGAGAGCUAUAAUGAUGCUUCUCAGGUCCGAGAUUGUCGUCUGGUUGGUCUUCUUGAUCUUGCACUGGAGAAAGAUUAUGUGCGCUCCACAAUUGCUGAAUAUCUGAACCGUCUCAUUGACAUUGGUGUAGCAGGGUUCAGAAUUGAUGCCGCUAAGCACAUGUGGCCUGGAGACAUGAAGGCAAUUUUGGAUAAACUGCAUAAUCUAAACAAAAGAUGGUUCCCUGCAGGAAGUAAACCUUUCAUUUACCAGGAGGUAAUUGAUCUGGGUGGUGAGCCAAUUAAAAGCAGUGAGUACUUUGGAAAUGGCCGUGUGACAGAAUUUAAAUAUGGUGCAAAACUAGGCACAGUUCUGCGCAAGUGGAAUGGAGAGAAGAUGUCUUACUUAAAGAACUGGGGAGAAGGCUGGGGUUUCAUGCCUUCUGACAGAGCACUUGUCUUUGUUGAUAACCAUGACAAUCAGCGAGGGAGUGGAGCUGGGGGAGCAUCUAUUCUUACAUUCUGGGACCCUAGACUGUACAAAAUGGGAGUUGGAUUUAUGCUUGCUCAUCCCUAUGGAUUUACACGAGUAAUGUCAAGCUACCGUUGGCCAAGACAUUUUGAAAACGGAAAAGAUGUUAAUAAUUGGAUUGGGCCACCAAAUAAUAAUGGAGUCAUUAAAGAAGUUACUAUUAAUCCAGAUACUACUUGUGGCAAUGACUGGGUCUGUGAACAUCGAUGGCGUCAAAUAAGGAACAUGGUUGUGUUCCGCAAUGUAGUUGAUGGCCAACCUUUUACAAACUGGUGGGAUAAUGGUAGCAACCAAGUAGCUUUUGGAAGAGGAAACAGAGGAUUCAUUGUCUUUAACAAUGAUGACUGGGCAUUAUCUUCAACUUUGCAAACUGGUCUUCCUGCUGGUACAUAUUGUGAUGUCAUUUCUGGAGAUAAAAUUGGUAACUAUUGUACAGGAAUUAAAAUCUAUGUUUCCGGUGAUGGCAAUGCUAACUUUUCUAUUAGUAACUCUGCUGAAGAUCCAUUUAUUGCGAUUCAUGCUGAAUCUAAAUUAUAAAGUUUGAAUUAAAUAUAUACACAGAGAGAAAUAAAAGGUGUUUCUGUUCUUAUAUAUAUGUAAUCUAUAACUUCUCAUAAUUCAUUAAUUUUUGGUUAAAGCUCUUAUAAGUAAUCAACUUGAAAAACUCAGAAAGGCAUAAAAAAACACAUAUACUUAACUAAUAAUAAUAUCAUUACAAUCAACAUUUUGUUGUGUUUUAGAAGAUUUUCAUUAACCUUUUUGUCAAAGGCAUUUCUAAGAACUCAGAAAAGCAUAUUGAAAAACAUGUUUGUUGCCAUUAACACCACUUGCCCGGCUAUGUAUCUCUAAUACAUGUCUGUAUUUCUUACAUAGGGUGUUUCUAACAGUUAGGGGUAGCUGAUUUAAUGAUGAUUCCCAUACAAAGUCAUAACACUUGGGUGCUUUUCACAAUAUAAAGGCCCUUUCAUGUUUAAUAAGUUAAAAUCUAAAAGAAACAAAUUAUGCAGUCUAUAAUAAUUAAUUAUCUGGAGCUCACAGUAAUCUUCUCCUACAUUCUAAAUAUUCUUUUUUUCAUUCUCUUUCCAAUGGCUUUCACAUGAUGAUGUUGUAUGGCUUUGGUUUCCUCUCUUAACCAAAUUGAUUCUGAGAGGGAGGAAAACUAAGUCAGGAAGGUUGUUCUGGUACAACACUGUCUCUGAGAGGCUUGCUCUAUGCUCUGCCAUGCAGUACUGGACUGAAUGAGUCUAAAGAUCUUAUACCUGGUCAGAUUUGGGUCCUGUUCUUAUGUCCUAAUAGAACAGAAGCUACAGUAUUACCCUGUCUAUAUUUAGUGUCUUGAUUUAGCUGAUAUUCUAUGGUUGUACAUAUUGUUAUCUAUUAACUUCAGAAUAAAAUGUCAUACUGAAAUUGAAGAGAGAUGUUGGGACUUUGCUAAAGAAGAUUCCUUGGUGCAGUUACAAUGCGAUAUAAAAUGAAACCUUUGUUUCCUAGUGGUAGAUUUUGUAAGAAUUGGGUGUUACUUUAGGAAUUCUACCCAGUUCUAUCUUAGGAAUUUUUAUUCUAUCAAUGUCAAUACUCUCUGUAAUUUAAUUUGACUGAGACAUAUCUUUUUUUUUUUAACAUCUUUAUUGGAGUAUAAUUGCCCCACAAUGUUGUUCCAGUCUCCGCUGAACAACAAAGUGAAUCAGCCACAUGUAUACAUAUAUCCCCAUAUCCCCUCCCUCUUGUGACUCCCUCCCAACCUCCCUAUCCCACCCCUCUAGGUGGUCACAAAGCACUGAGCUGAUCUCCCUGUGCUAUGCAGCUGCUUCCUACUAGUUAUCUGUUUUACAUUUGGUAGUGUAUAUAUGUCAAUGCUACUCUCUCACUUCGUCCCAGUUUACCCUUCCUCCUCCCCAUGUCCUCAAGUCCAUUCUCUACAUCUGCAUCUUUAU